ACUACCGCAAACUUGUAGGUGCUCGGCACGGCGGAGACAUAGCGUUCUCAUUUUGUACGCUUGUAUGCUGCGCGAGGGAAGCGGCUAACAUGAGCCGAAACCCUGGGAAAAACAAAUUAAACCUCAAGCUUCCGCCGGGCUCCAUAGAGCCGCUAGAUCACUCGGGGUGCGAUCCGACAAACGACAAAUCGACACAGAACACGAGCAUCGAAGACUUGCAGAAAACACUCGAAGGCUUGGACUUGGAUGAACAGCAGCGCAAGCGGCUAGAGGCAUUCCUGUCCCAGAAACAGAAAGUUGGUGAACUUACCAGCGAUGACUUUGAGAACCUCGGUGAGCUUGGUGCCGGAAAUGGGGGAGUUGUCACCAAGGUGCUGCAUCGACCUAGUGGCUUCAUCAUGGCUCGGAAGCUGAUUCACUUGGAAGUCAAACCUGCCAUUCGGAACCAAAUCAUAAGAGAGCUGAAGGUACUUCACGAGUGCAACUCUCCGCACAUAGUGGGUUUCUAUGGAGCCUUCUACAGUGAUGGUGAAAUCAACGUCUGCAUGGAAUACAUGGAUGGUGGCUCUUUAGAUUUAGUGCUAAAAAGGGCAGGCCGCAUACCAGAAAAAAUAUUGGGCAAGGUCACAAUAGCGGUACUGAAAGGUCUCAAUUACUUGAGGGAGAAGCAUCAGAUAAUGCAUCGAGACGUCAAGCCAUCAAACAUGCUUGUUAAUUCUAGGGGUGAGAUCAAAAUUUGUGACUUUGGUGUGAGUGGGCAACUGAUUGAUUCCAUGGCAAACUCCUUUGUGGGAACACGAUCUUACAUGUCGCCGGAGCGACUCCAAGGCACGCACUACACAGUUCAGUCGGACAUUUGGAGCUUGGGCCUGUCAUUGGUGGAAAUGGCACUGGGCCGCUACCCGAUCCCACCACCCGAUGACCGAGAACUGACUGCCAUCUUUGGCCGCAACUACACCCCUGAAAGUAACUCCGGCAUGGCAUCAGGUGAUGGACCACGGCCAAUGUCAAUCUUCGAACUUCUCGACUACAUUGUUAAUGAAGCCCCACCUUCAGUGCCAGCAGGUGUCUUCUCGCCAGAGUUCAAGGACCUCGUUGACCGGUGCUUGAAGAGGAAUCCAAACGAACGAGGAGAUUUAAAGACAUUAAUGAACCAUCCAUAUGUGCGGACAUCAGAGCAAGAGAAAGUGGAUUUUGCGGGCUGGGUGUGCCAAACAAUGGGCUUGGACCCCUCGACUCCAACAAAGCUUACUCCGGAGGGACAGGCCUGACCUCCAUAAUGGUCAAAAAGAAAGCAAUGGAGGAGCACAGCUGCUCUCAGCCUACCAAGACGGCCAAUACGUUUGCAAAAGGGCCGAACACGCGUGCGAUCCAAGCCCACACGUCUCUUUCUCGUGGGCACAAGGCUUUGUCUGGGUCUGCCGCUCCCCCUCUCUUCUCUUUUCCUGUCACCUUUCUGUUGCCUCCUAGCUAUGUCUCCAUCUGGGGCACAAGGUUCACCACUGGCCAUCACGGGGAUGGAUAGAUCAAAUGUAUGUACCUGCACAUCACAGUUGUAGAUGGGAAGGAACCACAGCAGUGCGGUUGUUCGAAAACCUUUAGAGGACAGAUGUUAAUAUGCAUUGGCUGACAGAUUCUGUAGGUUUGUGCAUAUAGUGGAGCAGUUUGGAGAGGAUGUGAAGGGCAGUUUGGUGGACGCCUGCUUUAUCCUUGCACACAUGCAGCAACAGUAGGAGAAAGUGGAUGAAAUUCUCGAAAUCACUCUGCCCAAUGAAAACUUCAGAUAAUUGAAACACAUGAGGAUAACCCUUCUUGGUUAAUGGGGUUCGUUUCUUUUUCGAGGAGCGAUUGAUUUCACACUGCAGGUGUGUGUAUAGAGAGGACAGUUUUUCUCCAUCAUUAAACGUCGUUUAUCAUUCAGUUUUGCAAUAAAGGAGCUGGCCUUCUGUUCAGCAUGCUAGGGAACUCUUUCAUGUUGCUGCAGUUCUGCAAUGCAGUUUACAUAACUGUUUUGCAAAUGUUAAGGCUACCAUAGUCUUUUCUUUCACAGACACAAAGUAAUAGCAUGCACUCUCCACUGCAGGUAGUUUCAAGGUUAGGUACAGUACAGCUGUCUUUUAGUCCUUUUACCAUUCAUGCCAUGUAGCUGCAGUUCAUGCUGUUGCUUUUGCUACUCAUACUUGGGUCAGAAACAGGCUGCGGAGUAUUACGUUCCAUUGAAUGUUAUUGCUUCCUUGUGUUGUUCAGGUCGUUGUGAACUAUGGCCAAGCGCUUCAUCAUUGAAGUUGUAGCUUACUUGGCAGAACUUGCACCUGGUAUGAAUCUCAGUGCUUCUGCAUUGGGUUGUGCAGCACUUCCUAUUUCUUGUUCCUUCUCGUGUGAUGACUUGUGCGUGCAGUGUGUGCUCUAGGUGGUGUUAAAAAAAAGCUUGUUCGGCAAGUUAUUACAUGGCAUACUCUGUAUGGGCAUGCCCGCUAUGAAAGAAGAGGAUAGUUGAAAACAUCUUGUGGCAAGAGAUGGAUGAAGGAACAGGAAAGGUGUUGACUAAAAGGAACAUUGACACAGCAAUCUUGCCUUUCACUGCAUCACGGGUACUUGUUAACUCCGUAACUAGAACAUGAAGAUGUAUGUGGAAGCUGCUAAAUGGGUUCAUGCGUUUGUGUUCAAGCUCUUUGAUGCAUUCGACACAGUAUAAGCCUGGCUGCUUGUUGUCUCUUGCAAUGGAAUUCCGCGUGCCUUUAUUUUGUCCUCCUUCCACUUUUCAUAUUCUGUGUAGUUCUGAAUGUUCUACCAGUGGCUCAGUGUUGCUUUUCACCACUGAUUAUGGGCUCUUGAGCCCUUAUUUCAGUGGCUUACAAUGCCAUGAGACUACAAUCUGAUCUCCGUAAUGCAACAUAUGGCAUGCUUAAUGGUUGCAGCUUCACUAAUGUUGAUGUAUGUCUCGAACUGGCUGCACAAAAAAGUGAUGUUGGUAAACUUUUGCAGGUUCCAUUCUGUAAGCAUAGAAUUGGCACCUAAGUAACAAAGUCACUUCUUGAACAAGAAAUUAAGUUGCAGCGAAUGGAAACUAGGAUCUCUGGGGAUGUGUGAGGCUUUUUAUUUGCUUUACCUUGCUGGAUGCAACAUCGUGGCAGGGUAAUGUAGCCUGAAGCAUAAUUGAAGGCAUUUUUAAAUAAUUGUUCAUGUGUUGACUUUGCUUUGACCAGGCAGUGUUCAAGGUUGUGGCUUGGAGAAGGUGAAUGCAGCUUGACAGCAUUUUAUGGCUUGGUUGUAAAUGCGGCAUUGUUUUGUUGCAUUGCAAAUUGUUUUAGUGUCCAUUUUCAGUGUUAGCCAUUACCACAGAUUACAUUUUUAUGUUGGAUUGCAUUGAGAAUAAAAGAUUGCCAGUGCAGCUAUUGGAUGCAUAACAUAGGCAACACAUACGAUUUAAAAGCAAGCUUCUCUAGGCUGAAAAGUAAAACCUGGAUUGUUAGUUAUUAAAUGUAGCAUUGCCUGCUGACCAAUGCAUGAAAAUAUUUCUUAAGCUGAUGCCCCCAGGUUUCUCUUUUUUUUUCCGAAUGUCUACAAAGCUUGUACUUGCAUCAGAGUAGGUUUCAAGUGAAGCUGCAUCACAAAUACAGCUUUGCUGCUGCUGUAAUGUAGGCUCCACCACUUCGAUCUUCUAGUGUGACAGUACCGAGACGCUGUCACUGCAGCCCUAUGUUGGCUACAUACCCGCGCUGCACAUUUGGCAGUCACAAUGCAUGGGGUUAAAAUAAAUUUGCAUUGGAGUGUUCAUACAUGUACUCUCCAGCUAGGAGCUAAAAAUAAAGUGCUAUGUUUGCACACGUGUGACACCCUGACAGUGAUGUUGGUAAUGUCUCUGCAGUGCAACUUCUCUGUUCACGCUGUUGCUUGCAUUUGUGCUCUUUGCCCUUGCUGGAAGCAAUGUUCAUUGAAAGCACCUUUGUAAUUCAGUGCAGUACCUUUAUUGCACAUAAACCGCAGUUUUUAGAGUAGUUGUUCUUGCGUUAACACUCCUCUACUAUGCAUUACGUGAUACAUAAGUAAUGUGCAAGCUGAAGAAAGUGGCCUGUUGGUGUGCAGAUAGGAAGCACCUGUGAAACAGUGGACAUUGAUUGUCUUUUUUAGGUCUCACAAGCAUAGAGUAUCGUUGUUCUUGCUUGUGAAUUUUCGUUUACGCUGUGGGACAUCUUAUGGCAUGCCACCUUAGCCGUCUUUAAAGGUGGAGAAUCAUGUGGCACUCCUUGAAAGUGGACUGAAUUCAAAAGGUUUCAGCAGCUUGGCCAUCCUUAGGCUAGUUUGGUCAUGUUAUGGACGUGGCAUCGCACAAUUUCAAGAUGGCAGCAUCUUGUAAUUACACAGGGUUAAUUGUACCAUUGAGCUGCCGAUUCACUUCUGGCCACCUCACGAGCAGUUUGUCUGUUGCAAAAACUAUAGUCGUUCUUGAAAGACGGACUGAUGUGCCUCUACGGAACAAAUUGCAGCAGCGUGGAAUUUCGCCCAGUCACUACAUGUCACAUUUUUGGCAACGGAUUGGUUAUGUCACAGCCUACUGUACAGCCUUUUUUGAGGGACUCCUCAACUUAUUGACAGCGAUAAUGGUCUAGUGGUUCAUGCCUGCAAUGAUGCUUCGCAGUGAGUGAAAAGUGUUGUUGAUGAGACUGGCAGUAGGCACAGCUUUGUCCUCGCUGAGGUGCGUGUACCGAAGAACAUGCGAGGUGGAAAAACAAAAGGCCACUGUGUGUUCUGGUAGAGUACUCUAGGAAACAUUCCCAAGUGCGUGUCACCCUCGUAUAAACUUUUAUUUAUUGAAGCAAUUGUUUCAUCUUUCUUUUUGUGUGCGUGGUUUGUUCUGGCUCCUGCUGCCUUGGGGCCUCAUUUUUUGAACAAGAGCACAUAUGCGGGCAAAACGGAACAAGUUAUGCAUCUUGGGGAGAGCUGUGGAGCAGCUAUCGGGUCUACUAUCACAAGCAUAGAGUUUAACUCUGCGCGACUGCACUGUGUCUGAGUGUGUUAUAUUUUAUUGGUGCAUGCCUUCCUGUUUGGGAGGAACACACUUACUACAGCUUUGUGGUGGCAACUGAAUGGACAAUGCUCAUUUUCCUUUCUCGUGCGCAGACGUUCUAUCAGUUGACAAUGGCCACUUUGUAUCUAUUGUUUCCAAAAUGUUUGUGUUGCUCGUCCGAAAAGAUCGUGUUGCUCUCGACACUUUUUUUUGUGUAGGGGCAGUUUUUUUUGGUUAAUGUAGCAAGAAGUGGUGAGGGGUCUGAAAAGCAGCAAGCAUUUUGUUGACCAAAGAAAUCCUUUGCUGCAACUCUGCAGGUGAUAUGACUAUUUUAAAAUAUUUGAGUUUGAAUAAAGUGGCCCGUGCAUGAAAGUA